GGCUCUGAGGGGGUGGGUCCAGGGCUAGCCUGGGCUGGAAGGGUAGCAGCUGCGGCUGCUGCUAGCCAAGCCCGGAAGGAAGGACUCCCAAGCGGACGCAUGGCCACAGCCCACCUGUAUUGCUGUCUGGUGUCCAGUGGCUGACAGCCCAGGCAAUCCUCAGAUGCUGCGCCAGAGGAAACCAGGCCCUGAAUGACAGAGAGGGGAGAGAGAAGGAGGGGCUCUCCACCCUUCAGCAUGACCCCUACCUGAGGACUCUCCACUCUGAAGACCCCGGCUUCCGUGGCCUUGUGUCCUGCUUUGGGUGUGAACCGGGUGCUCUCCCUCCUUGGUGAAGGAAAAGUGCAAACUCAUAAGCCACGAAGGGAUAGGCCCUUCAGGUUUGGGGCCCUUCAGGUUUGGGACGCCUGUUGCUGCCUGAAGUCUGAACUCUGAGGCAAACCAAGGUGUUUGGGUUCACUGGGCACCACCACCAUGAGCGAGGCAUUCGACUGUGCAAAAUGCAACGAGUCCUUGUACGGUCGCAAAUACAUCCAGACAGACAGCGGCCCCUACUGCGUCCCCUGCUAUGACAACACCUUCGCCAACACCUGUGCUGAGUGCCAGCAGCUCAUCGGGCAUGAUUCAAGGGAACUGUUCUAUGAGGAUCGCCACUUCCACGAGGGCUGCUUCCGCUGCUGCCGCUGCCAGCGCUCCCUCGCCGACGAGCCCUUCACCUGUCAGGACAGCGAGCUUCUCUGUAACGAGUGCUACUGCACAGCCUUCUCGUCCCAGUGUUCUGCCUGUGGGGAGACGGUCAUGCCUGGGUCCCGGAAGCUGGAGUAUGGAGGUCAGACGUGGCAUGAACACUGCUUUCUGUGCAGUGGCUGUGAGCAGCCACUGGGCUCCCGCUCCUUCGUGCCUGACAAGGGUGCCCACUACUGCGUGCCUUGCUAUGAGAACAAAUUUGCUCCUCGGUGUGCCCGCUGCAGCAAGACGCUGACCCAGGGUGGAGUGACAUACCGCAAUCAGCCCUGGCAUCGAGAGUGCCUGGUCUGCACUGGGUGUCAGAAGCCCCUUGCAGGACAGCAGUUCACCUCUCAGGAUGAUGACCCCUACUGUGUGGCCUGCUUUGGAGAAUUCUUUGCACCCAAGUGCAGCAGCUGCAAGCGCCCCAUCACAGGUGGGAGCAGCGGUGAGGGCGCAGGACUCGGUGGAGGCAAGUACGUGUCCUUCGAAGACCGGCACUGGCACCACGGCUGCUUUUCCUGUGCCCGCUGCUCCACCUCCCUGGUGGGCCAAGGCUUUGUACCAGAUGGAGACCAAGUUCUGUGCCAGGGCUGCAGCCAAGCAGGGCCCUGAGCCGAGGCUCCUGACUCUCCUCUUUCCCAGACCAAGGGUUCAAGACUAUGGCUCCUUUUCUGAACCACUUCUGGGGCCCAGCCCCUCCCUAGAACCGGCCUCUCCCAACUCCCCACUCAUGGGGACUUCAGGAUUCAGUCACCCAAUUCUAACACACCCCACUGGUGCUCCCUGACCCGGACCCCCAAGUCUGGGCUGUUGUGGAACACCCCUGACUUAAGCUUUUCUCCAAGUCUGGAUUUCAGAAAUGAGUUCUCCCCACAUCAAGGCGCUGACACCCCAGCCCUCCAAACCUGGACUCUGAGGCCUAGGCCUCCUUAAGUCUAGACUUCUAGGGUAGAUUUUUAGUUUUUCUGCAGGUGCCUAAGAAGUCUUCAAAAAUAGAUUGUACCCCCGGUUUGACCUCACCCCCAUCCCACUGCUAUCUCUGAGCUGCAGAUUAUGUAUGUAUAGCAGAUUUGGGGCUCCCUGGUUAGAGGGUUGUAAGGGACAGGGUGCUGUCCAGCCUGUGAGUAGCGUGUUAUAUUUCAGCCCCAUGCUGUCCAGAGAUGCGCAGCAGGAAGGUUGCUCGGCCUUGUUUCCAGAGAUUGCAAUAAAGCAGUGUGAGGGAG